UUGAUUUAUACGUAAUAGGUAUAUGCAUAUGUAAUAUUCUUAUCUAUUUGAAACCAAAACUUCUUUUAUAAUUUCUGUUUUUUAAUAAUUCAUGAAGUUGAACUUUGCUGCCUAGUUAUCCAAUAUGAAUUAUUUUUAAUCUAGGUUAUGUUUAGAAUUAUGCAAAUUGACCUCUGCAACUCUCACACAACCAAUGGUGUAUUAUAUGUUGCCUAUGCUAUGCCAGAAAAUAAACAAUUUUGAAAUUAGUUUUUUGAGGUUAAUUUGUAAUUUGUCUUCUCGUUAAGAAUAAAAACAGCUAUGGAUCCUCCAGAAAUAAAGAAAUUGGAUGUGGAAGUCAUAAAUAGAAUAGCAGCAGGAGAAAUUAUACAACGCCCUUCAAAUGCCUUGAAAGAAUUAAUAGAAAAUAGCUUGGAUGCAAAAUCUACAAAUAUUCAAGUAACAGUAAAAAGCGGCGGACUUAAAUUAUUGCAAAUUCAAGAUAAUGGCACCGGUAUAAGGAAAGAAGACUUUGAAAUACUCUGCGAGCGUUUUACAACAUCCAAGUUACGAGAAUUUGAGGAUUUGCAUAAACUCAACACUUACGGCUUUAGAGGAGAGGCUUUGGCGAGUAUUUCUCACAUCGCCCAUCUAACCAUAACGUCAAAGACUAAAAACGACAUAUGUGCCUACCAAGCAUCAUUCGUAGACGGUAAAUUACAAGGAGUUCCUAAACCUACCGCUGGCAACCAAGGGACCAUAAUUACAGUCGAGGAUCUUUUUUAUAACAUGAACGUUAGGAAGAGGGCACUCAGGACUUCAACAGAGGAAUAUCAAAAAAUCUCAGAGGUUGUUAGUAAAUAUGCGAUUCACAACAGCGGUGUAGGUUUUACAUUAAAGAAAUCCGGGGGUAAUACUGAUAUUCGGACACCUGUAAACUCGAACCAAAUAGAUAACAUUAAAAUCGUUUAUGGAAACGUUAUAGCCAGGGAACUGAUAGAAUUUUCAUUGGAUAAUCAACCGUUUAAGUUUAAAGUGAGGGGGUACAUCACAAAUGUCAAUUAUUCGACUAAAAAGUUUCAAUUCCUAUUAUUUAUCAAUCACAGACUGGUGGAUUGCCACAGUUUGAGGAAGUGCAUCGAUCAGGUAUAUUCCACUUAUCUGCCGAAAAAUACACACCCGUUCGUAUAUCUGAGCCUAGAAUUAGAUCCCGCGGACAUCGAUGUUAACGUGCACCCCACAAAACACGAAGUGCACUUCUUAAACGAGGAGCAGAUCGUAGAAACUAUCACCACAGCGCUAGAGACGAAGUUGUUAGGCUCGAACAAUUCCAGGGUUUUUUAUACCCAGGCAAAAUUGCCGAAAGUUUUUAGCGUGACCAGCGAAACGUUGCAAGGAAAAGAAGGUGCGCCGAUCCGCAGCGUAAACCCAAAAGAUUUCGUCAGGACGGACGCGAAAGAACAGAAAAUUGAAAAAUUUUUCGGAGCUCCGAUAAAAAAGGAUGCUGCGAUCGAGGUGAAAACAAGUCUAAACCCUCCCGUUUCUGAAUCCAGUGGAAAAGGGAAUCAAAUGGAUGUGGACGUGUCACUUAACGAGGAAGAAUUUCAGAGACAACAUGAGCUUUUUGUCGAGAGGAACGAGAAAUUCGAGGAUCGUAUUUUAGAGAAGUCUACGGAAAGUGUUCUAGAAGCGGAGCCACGACAGAAUGAGGGCUGUAGCAAGAAACUCGUUCCCGAAGUCCAAAACCCCUCAAAAACCGCAUCGGAAACAAAAGAGCAGAAAAAAGUUGUGAAAAACAACGAAACUUUGAAUGCCUCGUUCAUUUCAAAAGUAACGAGGGCAGACACGAAACUGACCAGCGUCCGAGAGCUCCGCAAGGAAGUCGAAGACAACUGUCACCGGAUACUGCGAGAGACGUUCGCCCAGCACGUAUUUGUGGGCAGCGUGAGCCCGUCCCAAGCGCUGAUCCAGUUCAGCACGAAGCUGUACCUGUGCGACACGGAAAAGAUACUCUCGGAAUUGUUCUACCAGUUCGUCCUGUACAACUUCCGAAACUUCGACUGCUACAAAUUUUCCAAUAAGUUCUCCAUCACGGAACUGGCGUUGAUCUGUUUGGAGCUGCCCGAGGCCGGUUGGACGCCUGAAGACGGAGACAAACCGGAAUUGGCGAGACGUAUCACCGAAAUACUCACCGACAAGGGGCCUAUGCUGUCGGACUAUUUUUCCAUGGAGAUUGACGAACGCGGGAAUCUGUGCAGCAUUCCGGUUUUGCUGGACAACUACGUGUCAGACCCGACCGGUUUACCGAUGUACGUCGUCCGGUUAGCGACGGAGGUGAACUGGGAAGAGGAGAAGGAAUGUUUUAAGUCGUUUGCUAGGGAAACUGCCAAAUUUUACGCACAGGUUUCAACAGAAACCAAUGAGAAAGGCCAAGACUGGAAGUGGGUCACCGAGCACGUUCUAUAUCCCGCGAUUAAAGACUAUUUCAUACCGCCGAAGAGUUUCGUCGAGAACGCCGCCGUUCUGGAGAUUGCGAGCCUACCUAAUUUGUACAAAGUGUUUGAAAGGUGUUAAAUUUUUGUAUUUGUUGCUUUUUCUUUAAUAAACUAUUAUUUUGUA